GCGAUGGCGGAACCGGUGGCAUCGGACGCAAUAGCAACAGACGCAGCUCUUUCUCCGGCUGUAAGCCCGGGCUCGGAGCCUCCAUCCAUGGCGCUCUCUCCUUCUGCAGGCGGCUCCCAGCGGCUUCUUUUCUCCCAUGAUUUGGUGUCAGGUCGGUAUCGCGACUUGGUCCGGUUCGGCCUAGUCAGAAUGAUACAAGGCGAGGAGGAGUUUGAUUCAGACUCGGACCUCGAAGAUGGCGGAGGUAGAGGCGGCGGUGGUGGUGGUGGCUGUAUCCCCUGUAACUCGGACACCGAGAGCAGUGUUGUGGACAGCCUGGCACCUCUGGGAAGGGGUUUUGUCCGGGUGCAGUGGUACCCAGAAGGAGGGAAACAAGACAUACGGGAAACAAAGCUGAAACUUAUAGAUCGAUCCAUCGUUAUCCGAGACAUUGUGCGGCGGAUGAAUUCUAACGACAACCAGUGUGGCAUCGUGACCAACAUCGACAUAGAGUGUGCUGUAAAACUAGUGGGGACCAACUGUGUCCUUUACCCUGUCAACAGUAAAGACCUACAUCACAUCUGGUCUUUCAUGUAUGGGGACUACAUAGCCUACGACUUCUGGCUGGGGAAGGUGUACGACCUGACCAACCACAUAAUCCUCAAGCUUUCCAAUGGCGCCAGGUGUUCCAUGAAUGUGGAGGACGGCGCCAAGCUGUACGACGUCUGUCCACACGUCAGCGACUCGGGUCUGUUCUUCGACGAGACCUAUGGUUUCUACCCAGGCCAGGUGCUGAUCGGGCCGGCCAAAGUCUUCUCCAAUGUCCAGUGGCUCUCCGGGGUCAAGCCCGUACUCCGCAAGAAGAGCAAGUUCAGGGUGGUGGUCGAAGAGGUCCAGGUGGCGGAGCUGAAGGUGACGUGGAUCACCAAGAGUUACUCCCCCAAGGGCACGGACAGCGUCUACCCACCUCCGUCCACCAUCUCACAGGAGAACCUCUGCAGAGUGAAGCGUCUGGGCUACUACGACCACACCCAGAGGCAGCUGGGGGAGAGGGCUCUGUACGUGUUCCCAGCCAAGGGAGACAUCACCUGUGAGUGGCCCGACGGAGCCCCCGGACUCCCGGAGGACCCCGUAGCCAGGAAGUUGAAAAGAAUGUUCAAGAAGGAGUCGUUAGUGAAGAAGACCAAUGAGAAUGCAGAGACACAAGGUGCAAACCAGCACUCCGCCGACAAGACGGACAGUCUUUACGGUGACCUCAAGCCAGACAACACCCACCCAGACCCCACUGACCACACCGCCCUCCCCCGCCCUCACCACCCCAACAACGGCCCCAACCACGCCCUCCAGCCCUUGACCCUGUGCGCUCCUCCCUCUGACCCAUGGCCCGAGCCCACGGAGCAGGACGCAGACGACGAGGCUGGGGCGGAGGACACGGACGACACCUUGUCGCUGACGUCAUCGGCGAGCAGCACGGCGUCGUCGCAGAGCGGCGGUCUGGGGGGCCUGAACAGGAAGAAGAGCAUCCCUCUGUCCAUCCGCAACCUGAAGAGGAAGCACAAGAAGAAGAGGACCAAGUUCUCCCGCGAGUUCAAGCCCGGCGACAGGGUGGCGGUAGAGGUGGUGUCCACCAAGACCUCGGCCGACGUCCUCUGGAAGGACGGCCGUAUGGAGACCCUCAUCCGCUCCAAUGACCUCAUCCCCAUCCAGCACCUGGACAACCACGAGUUCUGCCCCGGAGACUUUGUUGUCGACAAACGACCCCAAGCCCCUACGGACCCGGGCGUGUACGGGGUCAUCCAGUCGGGCGACCACAAAGGCAGGACGUGUGCUGUGAAGUGGAUCAAACUCAACGCCUCCAGCGACGACGUGGAGGUCACAGGAGAAGAGGAGGAUGUUAGUGUGUACGACAUCGCCGACCACCCAGACUUCCACUUCCGUACCACUGAUAUCGUCAUCAGGAUAGGGAACUCUGAGAACGGGCGGAAUACGGAGUGCGAGAACGAUACGUCAGUAGGUCAGGUCUUCAGAGUGGACGUGAGCAGCAAGGUGGAGGUGGUGUGGGCCGACAACUCCAUGACCAUCGUCCUACCACAGCACCUGUACAACGUGGAGUCUGAGAUCGAGGAGACUGACUAUGACUCUGUAGAGGAGAGCAGCAGUGGCCUGUCCACGGAGGAGUGGGAGGACGAGAGCGACAGCUGGGAGACUGACAACGGCCUGACCACCAACGAGGACGACCAGCACCCCGCCAACGACGACACCGCCACCCCGGCCCCCACCCCCACCGGCUCCAGCCCCUUCAUCAUCCCGCCAGAGGAGGGCGGCAAAGCAGGGGCCACCACCCCCACCAAGCCACCUAACUCUUCAGAGGACCUGGAGGGAGCUGGGGCUAUAGUCAGCCCAGGCACCGGUGCUGGGGGAACCACUCCUGGAGCAGGAGGGGGUGAUGCCGCAGAGAAGCUUCCCGGGAAAGAGGGCACACCGCGGGGCUUCCGUGAGCUCAAGGAGGCCCUGAAGAUCCUGGAGAGCCUGAAGAACAUGACGGUAGAGCAGCUAUGGACCGGCGUCUCGCCUACCUCGCCCACGUCCGGUGCCGCGCCCGCCGCCAACGGGACUAACGCCAACGCCGCCACUGCCAUCACGCCAGAGAAGCCCACCAAGGAGAAGCGCUUCCUGGAUGACAUCAAGAAGCUCCAGGAGAACCUGAGGAAGACCCUAGACAAUGUGGCCAUCGUGGAGGAGGAGCGGAUGGAGGCGGUGGUGGAGGAAAGGCCCCAGGAGGAGGCGGCAGCGGCGAAGACGCCAGGCACGGCGCCAGAGUGGCCAAGCGAUACGCCUGUUCUGUGCCAACAGAGUGGUGGCAAGCCCGGAGUCACCUUCACCAGUGCCAAGGGAGAGGUGUUCUCUGUGCUGGAGUGGUCACCAGACACCCACACCUUUAAGAAGAUGGAGUUCCAGCCGGCCGAGGCCAAGAAGUUUUUCAGCACUGUGAGGAAGGAGAUGGCUCUGCUGGCCACCUCGCUGCCCGACGGCAUCAUGGUCAAAACCUUCGAGGACCGCAUGGACCUGUUCUCGGCCCUGAUCAAGGGGCCCACGCGCACCCCUUACGAGGACGGCCUGUUCCUUUUCGACAUCCAGCUGCCAAACAUUUACCCGUCGGUGCCGCCCCUCUUCCGCUACCUGUCACAGUGCAGCGGGCGCCUCAACCCCAACCUCUACGACAACGGCAAGGUCUGCGUCAGCCUGCUGGGCACCUGGAUUGGCAAGGGUACAGAGAGGUGGACCAGCAAGUCUAGCCUGCUGCAAGUGCUCAUCUCCAUCCAAGGCCUGAUCCUGGUCAACGAGCCCUACUACAAUGAGGCAGGUUUCGACAGUGACCGGGGCCUGCAGGAGGGCUAUGAGAACAGUCGCUGCUACAACGAGAUGGCCCUCAUCAAGAUGGUGCAGUCCAUGACCCAGCUGCUGCAGACUCCCAUAGAGGUGUUCCAGCAGGAGAUCCGGCAGCACUUCACCUCUAGCGGCUGGCGCCUGGUGCACCGCCUGGAGGCCUGGCUGGAGCUCCACGAGCUAGCCGAGAGGGGCCCUCCGCCAAGACCAUCCCGGGACAGGCCUCCCUCAGUGGGGCCUCUAGACGAGACACUCCCCUUGGAUCUUCUGGCCCACAGUACCCCUAACAAGCCCCAGGGCACCGGGGAUGAAGAGCUGGAGGACUCUGGCCUGAGCCUUUCCACCACCGCCGCUUCCCAGCAGGAGCUCAGCCAGAACUUGGACGGCGCCGUCUUGGCCAGUGAGGUGGCCGGGGUGAGCGUGGUGGUCUCCGGGUCUGUUAGGGCAGCCACCUCAGACUCUGCGGGCGGCAGCCAGCCGGCGGUGCGACCAAAGAAGCGCAGGAAGAGCUACCGGAGCUUCCUCCCCGAGCGGAGCGGGUACCCGGACAUUGGCUUCCCCCUCUUUCCUCUCUCCAAGGGCUUUGUGAAGAGCGUGCGCAGCGUGCUGCUGCAGUACCGGGCCGCCCUGGCCGCCGCCACCAUCCCAGACCACAUAGAGGACAAGUGACUAGUGACUCCCCCAACGCCUACCACCUCAAAGCCCACACUCCAAAAGCUGCACUGUGCCCCAAAUUAUUUCCCAAAUAGCCCCCCGUACGCUCUGAUCCCCCUUGCCCAACUGCUGCCCAGUGCCCCUGCCCCUCAGCCAUCUAUCUAGUGCACUCUUGCCCCCUCCUCCCCUCCCUCAGACCACUAUAAGUUAACUGGGUGUAUGCGCUUUUCCGUCAGUGUCCAGAGGCCAGACAGAGGCCAGAUGUGAAGGGAGAGGAGUGGGAGUGUCUUAUGGGGAUCUAAGCCACGGAACCUAAGCGCCCUCCCUCAUAUUGGACCCUCUGAGCUCUCAUGGACACAUAGACAAGAAGCGAGAGCCUCGACUGGAAGGCAGCGCCACACGUCUGCCCCUCGUGGACCCUCCUAGGCCCUGACGGACGAGGAAGGAGAGGAGGAGAGAUGCAGAGCUGGUUUGAUUAAAAAAAUUAAAUUAAAAAAAUUAAAAAGUGCCAUUGACUUGCAUCAUCUAUAGCUGCUGUAAGGGGAAGUGGAAUUACCUGAAGAGAGACAUUCUUUGUGAAUUGCCGCCACAAAUUCAAUUUCUUAGCACAAAUGAAAAUGUUACUCCGCCGUGUCAAUUGGAUCUAAACUAAAUGGAGACUGUUACAGUAGCCAUGGCGUCCUGGAAUCUGCAGGGUCAACCUGGACAGAUUCUCAAAGCUGGGUUUUCUCUGAACUACAUUUCCCAGUAUGCCUGGCUCCUUUGAACCUGGCGGGUACCCUUAGCACCACCCUGCACUCUCCAAUCAACAGACAAUCUCGGCAGAGCUGGGCACCUUUUGACAUGCUGACGUAUUGAGUUUCUUUUUAACGUGGAUGUUACUGGUUGUUUGCUUUUUGCCCAGCUCCUCUUGUUCUUUCUCGCUUUAGAGAUACACACACACACACACACACACACACACACACACACACACACACACACACACACACACACACACUAUCUGAAUGUUAUUAACUGCCCACCUACAACAGCUUCACUCUGCUAUGUCCUUGUUGGUUCCCUCGCCAAUCGCUCGCACCAAAACAUGUCGUUGCAGAAACACUUGAGUGACAAGUUUACAUACUAAUCACCACUUCUGGAUGUUAUAUAACUUACUAGGCCCUACGGUAUAUCCCUGAGGAGAGACCUGGCUCUAGAAUAGAGGAGUGCAGUUACACAGAACUAUAUGACCUUACCUCUCGGUAAAGUCAAAUGAGUUCUUUAAUAUCUUUGACUGUAGAAAGUUUCCAUUCUAAGACUUGAUAACUUUCUGACACUGUACAGACUUUUUUUAGUUAUAUCACCCAUGUCGCUCUUAAGACUGAACUUGACAUAUUUGUUUUCUUCUACAAGGGAUCAAGGCUAGGUUGAAAAUACCCCGUUUAAGACCACGUUUGAAAAUAAACACAUUCAUUGGACCAGCACAGUUGCUGAUGCGACAGGAUUGGCGUUGAAAACGUGACCAGCGGUCAGGAAAUCAAGUGAAGUGACUGUAGAUCAUUUGAAAAAAGUUUCAAUGAAUAGGAUGACAGUUAAAACAGUUAUGCUUAUGUGAUUGUUGAGUAGUUAGCUGAAAUUCACUACAGGUUGUGUUUACUUUUCCACUUUGAUGGCUAACUCUCUGUACUGCUAACAUUCACUUCCAUUCAUUGUCUGUCUGGCGCUGGUCCGAUGAACGGUUUAUUUUCGAACGCUUCUCCAUGGAAUUCUUACGUUGUCUUAACCUUCUCCAUGUUCAAGGUAGUGAUGUUUUUCCUUCCUUGCAGCUUUCAUUGACCCUUUUGAGUCACUUAAAGGCUGGUCGUUCAGCAUGGUCCUCCAGAGCUAUCCCACAAUCCUCUUCUGCUCACUCAUUGGGCCACUACUAGAAGCGGGAGCCACAACCGUGAACAUGACGCGAGUAAAAACCGCUAUCCAUUCCAUCACUAAAUGAGUCAUAUCUCAUCUCAACAUGUUGCCUUACUUGAAUUGUUCUUAAGAUAUGAUCAGACCCUAUGUACAGAGCUGCUUGUUACCCCGGCCUGAUACCCACUACAUUCACCCCAUUCCAGUGUUCAGAGGUUGACCGUCUAACAUCAGAUCUGGGGUCAGUUUUCCCUGGACUUGUGCUUAAUUUAACAAUUCGGAGGUAGGAAAAAUGUUUAAAAAAACGAAUAAUAAAUAAAACAAAAUAACUGAUCCCAGAUCUGCUUUGACAAUGGCAACCCACAAGUUGAAUGGUAAAGUUACACAGCUUCAGCCUCUGUAUUCCAAUGUUACUCUCAACUGCGGUUUGUUUGGUGAUGGAGAUUGAUUGGAGUUUGUAGACAGAUUGAGUGUGGAUGCAGAAGGUUUUGAUGAGCUUAUAUCUGAUUUGGUUUUGUUCUUGCUCUUUGCCUCGAGCAUGAUGGAGUGUCACUGUUUGUUCCCAAGAUUGGAGUGGUAUCCCGUUCUUUCAUUUUCCCAAUUUAAAGGGUGAAUGAUGCACUUUUGACAACAUGGCCUCUGGCAUAGUCAUGCUUGUACUUUGUGAUAUUACUUUUAUGUUUCUUUAAAUUAUUGCUGGUUUGUUUAUACUUGCUUGAAAAAUGGUCAAGUGUUCUAUUUAACACAGGGAGCUUUUCUCUGUAUGGCCACCAGGGGUCAGUGGUUCCAUUGUGUGCGCCGAAGAAUGAAAGAAGCCUGGUCCCAGACCUGUAUGUUCUUUGACCAACUCCUUUGGCUGGUAGUUGAUUUUAAAGCACAAACAGAUUUAGGAUCAAGUGUUCAAAGGAGUACUGUGAAAGAAGAAAGUGCAGCGAUUUAACGCCAUCUGGUUCUUAUAUAGCCUGGUACCAAAUCUGUUUGUGCAGUCUUUGUCAAGAAUGCACAAACAGAUCUGGACCUGGGCUAGUUCUGAUAGUGCUUCCUUGGUUAUUUGAACCGUUGUUGUUUACAUCCAUCUGAAAUAUAUUAUUAUGCUCUUGCUUUUUGCCAGAUAUUCUGUUGGUCCAUUCCCCUUGUGCUUACGGUGAACUGAAAACGAGGGUGUUGGCUAUUCUUUUUGCGUGGAACAAAGACGCUAAAUGCUUUGUGUUCAUGAGUGUGUGACAGUACAAAGUGCCAUUGUAAAUGAGUGAGAUGAACUGGUUAUUGUAAAGAAGAAAAGAACAGGUGAAUGGGAUUUUGUAUUUGUAUUAUUUUUCUCCUUCCACCUUAAAAAAAUAUAUAAAUUCCUGUACCAUGCAUGGCAAUCAGGCUUCCAUUGCUUCUCUUCCUCCUCAACGUUCUUCCUCUUUUCUCUUUUGCUGCCUGUACAGUAAUCCCUGAAGGAUGUUCCUUUUGCUUUCCCAUUUUAGGCUGCAGUACUUGUAGCGUUGCAGCCUUGGUUGGUUCCCGCCAACCUUCUCCUGUGUUUGCAACCAUAGAUCUCUCUCUCUCUCUCGCUCAUGCACUUGUUUCUCCACUAUUACAGAAAAAAUGUGAAGCCAGGUCUCGAGAAAAAAAAACAUGAAGGAUUUCAAGCACAUGAAGUUAUGUACAAUUUUCUGUGUAUGUUUAUAUUCAGACGUAUUCAUUACUGCGAGAGAUUUCCAGCCAAAGCAUGUAACAUGUUGCUUUAAGCCUUGAACGGACACAAGACUUGACUGUACCAUGUGAACAUUUUCACAGUGGCCUGUAUUGGUAACUAAUAAACUUAUGAUUUUUAGCCUGAUCCCUCUGUACAGAAGUCAUGACUAUACUAUAAAUACCUAUAUUUAACAAACUUGAGCUCUGUAAGUGGUCAUGAGAACGCUUGGGACAUAAGUAUGCAUUUGCAGGUUUUUUUCUUCUUGAUUUGUCAUUUUUUACAGUUCCUUUCAUUACGUUUCAAGACCUGUUUUUAAAGUGAUGUAUUAAACUUUGCAAGCAGUACCA